AUUCCCAUACUUACUCAUCAUCAGAACCUGCACCAAAUCAUUAAAGCAAACAACUGAUCUGUUGCACAUGGGCAUGGCUCUCCUUGUUUAUCUCCUCUUCCUCUUCAUGUUCCCCUUUUGUAAUAAGGCUCAGGGUCCACCUUCGCCUGGCUACUACCCCAGUUCAAGAAUUGGCUCAGUAGGGUUCCACCAUGGGUUCACCAACCUUUGGGGUCCUCAGCACCAGAGUUUGGACCACGGAACACUCACAAUUUGGCUGGACAGGACCUCAGGGAGUGGUUUCAAAUCGCUCAAUCCUUACUCUUCCGGUUAUUUCGGGGCCGCCAUCAAGCUCCAACCUGGUUAUACUGCCGGAGUGAUUACAUCUCUCUAUCUUUCGAACAACGAAGAGCAUCCUGGGGAGCAUGACGAGAUUGACAUAGAGUUCCUUGGGACGACAGAGGACAAACCCUACGUGUUACAAACAAAUGUGUACAUCAGAGGGAGUGGGGAUGGGAACAUCAUAGGGAGAGAGAUGAAAUUCCACCUUUGGUUCGACCCCACCCAAGAUUUUCACGAUAUUUUUCGUGGAUGAUGUGCCAAUCAGACGGUACCCGAGGAAAAGCGACGCCACAUUUCCGUCGCGGCCCAUGUGGGUGUACGGGUCCAUAUGGGACGCAUCUUCAUGGGCCACCGAGAACGGAAAAUACAAGGCUGACUACAGUCACCAACCCUUUGUUGGCAAGUACAAGGAUUUCAAGAUUGGUGGUUGCGCCGCCAAUGCCGCCACCUCGUGCCGCCCCAUUUCUGGUUCUCCUUCCGGAUCCAUAGGGCUGAGCCACCAGCAGUUGGCUGCGUUGAUGUAUGCCCAAAACAAUUAUAAAGUUUACGACUAUUGUCAGGAUCCUGAAAGAGACCAUAGACUCACACCCGAGUGCUAAAGUUUGGACACCAUGUUAAGGAAAAAAAACUUAAUUAUUUUUAUCGAUUUGUUUGGAGCGUCCUAAGAUUCGCCACUUGUCAAAAAUUGAUAUAAAAGAAUUAGAUUUUUCUUGUAUUCAUUGAGUGUGAAAAUAUCAACAUAAUAUUACAUGAAAAAUUGGGAUGUUCAAUUAUUUAGUUAAGUCAAAAAUUGCGUUGUAAGUUACUCUCAUAUUUGUUGAGUUGUAGAAAAUACUGGAAAAUGCUUUUUCCAGUGUCCAAAACU